UGAAAUUUGGCUGUCAUUUGGGCAAGCGUUUCAUUUUGUUUUCGUUUGGGGUGCACCUGAUACCCGAAGACCUCGCUCCUCUCUCCUCGCUCCCUUGGUGGGCUUCGUCUGCCUCCUACCUGGGAUCGGCGAGCUCUCGGUAAAUCGGCGACGGUGACGUGCAAGGUGCGCCGAGCUAUCCUGCUGGAUGGCCGAUCUCUCCGUGAGCUCAGGGUGUUUGCUGCCGCCUGCUGGUUCUACUCCUAGGAUUGCUGGAGGAUCCGGCGGUCUCGAGCCCAUCAGCGGUGCGUCGACUCUGGUUUCGACUGCUUCGUAGCUGAUUUCGCUCGUCAGCGGACGUAAUCUGCCUAGUUCCGGCAGAUCGCAGCAUGUGCGGUGGUCCGGGCCGCUUGAAGUCCUCAGCUUCGUCUUCGUUGUCGCCGUCUCCAACCUCACAGGAAGAACAUCAGCAACGCUCUCUCGCCGCAGGAAUGAGUCGACUGACCGUAGAGAUCGACUCUUUCUCCUUGAGCCUUCUGGAGCUCGCCGCUAACAACGAUGUGGACGCCUUACGGCUGUUUCUGGACCGCGACCCGUCGGCCGUGGACGAGGUUGGUCUCUGGUACGGCCGAAGGAAGGGCUCCAACCGCAUGGUCCUGGAGCAGCGGACUCCCUUGAUGGUGGCCGCCACUUACGGCAGCCUCGACGUCCUCAAGCUCAUCCUGUCCCUGCCCUCUGUGGAUGUCAACCGUGUCGCCGGACUCGAUAGCACCACCGCUCUCCACUGCGCUGCUUCCGGUGGAUCUUUGGAAGCUGUUGAUGCUGUGAAGAUGCUCCUUGCGGCCGGUGCCGAUCCCGCUUUGGUGGAUGCAAACGGAAACCGCCCUGCCGAUGCUAUCGUGGUGCCUCCCAAGUUGCCUGAUGUGAAGACUGGCCUUGAACAACUUCUUGGAAGGAGCACAAAUGCGUCGGGUGGCUCAGAUAACCACCACCACCCUCUUCGCGUGAUGACCAGUUCGCCGAACUCCAUUUCGCCGCCGCUUUCUUUGUCCCCUGAUGAAGAAGGGUCGCCGUUGUCCAACUCGACUUCCUCCCCUCCGAUGGCGAAGUUCCCUGACCUUCCUCCGGUGGUCGUGUCCGAGAAGAAGGAAUAUCCAGUGGACCCAUCUCUCCCGGACAUCAAGAACAGCAUCUACUCCACAGAUGAGUUCCGCAUGUUCUCGUUUAAGAUCCGCCCUUGUUCUCGGGCAUACUCCCAUGACUGGACCGAGUGCCCCUUCGUCCAUCCUGGUGAGAAUGCCCGCCGGCGUGACCCCAGGAAAUACCACUACAGCUGCGUCCCGUGCCCUGACUUCCGGAAGGGGGCCUGUCGGAGGGGAGACAUGUGCGAGUAUGCACAUGGGGUGUUCGAGUGUUGGCUUCACCCGGCACAAUAUCGCACGAGGCUCUGCAAGGACGGGACGGGCUGCUCUCGCAGGGUCUGUUUCUUUGCGCACACGAACGAGGAGCUUCGUCCGCUUUAUGUGUCUACUGGCUCGGCUGUGCCCUCUCCAAGGUCAUCCUCUGCUGCAAUGGAGAUGGCUGCAGCGAUGGGGCUCAUGCCUGGGUCACCAUCCUCGGUCUCUGCUGUUAUGUCACCUUUUACACCGCCCAUGUCACCAUCAGCUAAUGGCAUUGGCCACUCUUCAGCGUCUUGGCCGCAGCCAAAUGUGCCUACAUUGACUCUACCUGCAAGCAAUCUUCAGUCAAGCAGGCUGCGCUCGUCUCUCAGUGCAAGGGACAUGCCGGUGGAUGACCUCUCAGUAAUCUCUGAGUUUGAUACCCAACAGCUACUUAGUGACCUGUGCUACUCCCGUCCAAGUUCAUCUGCUGGGAAUCGGUCCAUCAGAACCAAAGCCUUGACUCCUUCAAACCUUGAUGACCUUUUUUCAUCUGAGAUAGCCUCAUCACCAAGGUAUAAUUCUGACCAGGGUAGUAUUUUUUCUCCGUCUCACAGGACCGCUGUAUUCAAUCAGUUCCAGCAGCAGCAGAGCCUCCUCUCUCCGAUCAACACAAAUGUGUUCCCCCCGAAGGCUGUCGAUGCUCAACAUCUGCCUGCCCAUUCACCACUCUUACAGGCCUCGCUCAAUGUCUCUUCUCCUGGACUCAUGUCUCCACGAAGUGUUGAACCUGUUUCUCCAAUGAGUUCGCGCCUGGCGAUGUUAACCCAGAGGGAGAGGCAGCAGCAGUCACUCCGAAGCCUGAGCUCUCGUGAUCUUGGUCCCAUUUCAUCUCCGAUCGUGGGUUCUCCUGUUAACUCAUCGUGGUCGAAGUGGGCUUCUCCUUCUGGUGUUCCUGAUUGGGGAGUUAACAGUGAAGAACUGGGACGUCUUAGGCGAUCGUCUUCCUUUGAGUUGCGAGGAAAUGGGGAGGAACCUGAUCUUUCAUGGGUACACUCACUGGUGAGGGAAUCGCCAACUGAGAAAGUGGUAUCUGUUGCCACGGCUCCUACCGGUCCUACUGGUGGUGCUGAGUGUUUGAAUUCAAACGUUGAGAUGGAUGGGCAUGAUCAAGCUGCGGUACUUGGUGCAUGGCUUGAACAGAUGCAGCUCGAUCAGAUAGUAACCUAGGGGAAACCCGAAUUGUCACUAUGAUGUUAGAUGGGAGGUAUUUGGUAGUAGAUCAGUAGCUAACUAGAUUCAGUAAACAAUAUUUUUUGGUUAGUUGGGUGGUAAAGAAGGGAAAGAAGCAGGAAGGAGUAAUUUCAGAGAUUCAUUUCUUCAAAAACAGAUUUAUUGUUACUUCAAAGAGUUCCCUCAGUUCAAAAUUGGAUGGGGUUUAUUGCUGGGGUUUAUGAAGGCCUAACCCAGGUGAACUGCCUUCCAAUAUUUUGAACCUUUUGCUUCCUUUUUGUUUUGUUUGUAAUCUCUAAACUUUAGUAAAUAUUUGAUGGUAACUAAACUUUGUUCCCGUUUAGUUGAUUAUAAUAUAUUAUCUUUGGAUGAAAUGGAACUGGGUAGAUAGACAGGGAGGGGGUUGGAGUGCAUGGUUUUUGGGAGAUGACCAGUUUCACUUUGCUAGGAUAAAGAUCUAGAAGUUUGCUCAAAGGCUUUUGUUUGGGACUUAAAACAAUUGCAGCUGUAGAGAAUCAAUGGGUGCUAAAGUUCUCUGCAGACCAAGCGCAAUUGCUCAAAGGCGCCUUUUGCGGAAGUUCUCUGCUUGAUGUAUUAUUUGAUCAAACAUUACCAAUAUUUCUGUUCCAUA